UCAAUUUGAUGAGAAAUGUUCAUAUUGAGACAAAUCUGAGCUCACUGAUGUCUCGGCGAAAUAAUAGAGACAUUUAAGAGAUCUCGUUUGUGAUCUUAACACACCGUUGUGUAAAAACGAACACUGAAAAAUGUCAUAAAUGUUUGACCUUCUGUCCAGGUUAUUUUAGCUGGGAUAAGUGGUGUGUUGAAUGAAUGUUUGAUUUAUAUAUUGUCAAUUAUGCUUGUGUUGAAAUAUACAGCAACUACUGAUGAGUUCCUUGCCGGUUGCCAUUUAUGUCCCAACCCCCCAUUUUGUCUUGAUGUUGUUUCUUUGUUGGCCAGUUUUGGCUCGUCCCCUCAUGAUUUAUUAUGUAGAUUAGAUGAAUGUGUUGUGACAGGUUAAUCUCACAGUAAGGAACGUGAGAGAUUUGGGGUUCCGUCUCUUCAGCCAGGCACUUCAGCAUCUCUCUCGGCAGAGGUAAGUAACUCAAAGUCUGUCCGUAUUACUUUAAGCUUAUAGGCUAAGAGAAUGCUGGGAUUGAUUUUGUGCACGGACUGCUAACUAACACAAUCGAUAGAUCUUUUUCUUGUUUGUUUAAUAGGGUGAUAAAAAUGUAGCUGCAUGCUGUGUGUUGCAAUAAAAAACAUGUUGCAAUAAUGUUGCUUUCUAAUCAUGUAUAGAUAUAAAAUCAAAAAUAUUUUAUAUUAUUUCUGUCAUAUCAAAUAUCGCUGCUGUCUUUCUGAAACCUUGCACCUCCAUAUUUCUUGAUUUUUACGUUUUGCCAUAAUUCAGUAAUAUUAGGCUAUUCACCCUUUAUGUUUGUCACUGGGUUUAGCAAUAAAGAGUAUUAAAAAGUGCUUGUCAACUUUGAAAACAAAGUAUUUAAUCGUUUGAAAAGUACAACGUUUUGUCAAUUUCCUGAAUAACUCGAGAAUGGACAUCCGAGGUUUGAGAAGAACAGCGACGGUAUGCAUCAGCAAAUCAGUAAAAAUGGGCUAAAACGUUUUGUGAAAGAUCAUGAAAGAUCAUGGGACAAUUUUCAUUUAAUGUAAAUAUAAAGAUGCAUCGUAAGAAAUGUUGCUUUUGUUUUGCAGUUUUGAUUUUAAGUCACUGGAGGAUCGGUGCAUCAUGGCUGCUACCGGAACGUUCCGUAUGGUGUCCGAGGAGGAACAGGCGUUACGUGCUAAACUCGAGCAUCUGACUGUUAAGGACCAUGGGCCGGUGUACGGACCCUGCGUCAAACUGCCAGAUCACACCACACAGAAGGCUAAAGAUGAAUUAAGUGAAACAGCAGAGAAAAGAACGUCAUCUAUAAAAGAACUGAGGGCCUUGAUCAAAGAAAAGGCGAGCGGGGACGAUCUCCACAAAGCUGUGGAGGAACAUUUUUGGGGAAAACCCGAUUCACUCCUGCUGAGAUUCAUACGUGCCCGCAAGUUUGAUGUGACAAGAGCACACCAGCUCAUGAGAGGUUAUGUGUGUUUCAGGCGAGAUUACCCUGAGUUGUUUGAGAAUUUAACCCCAGAAGCCGUACGCAGCACUAUUGAAGCUGGUUACCCCCAAAUCCUCUCCACAAGAGACAAAUACGGCCGAGUGGUCCUGCUCUUCAAUAUCGACAACUGGGAUUUAGAAGAGGUCACAUUUGACGAAUGUCUGCGAGCGUACUGCGUGAUCCUCGAAAAACUUUUGGAAAACGAAGAGACUCAAAUCAACGGUUUUGUUCUCAUUGAGAAUUUCAAGGGCUUCACUAUGCAGCACGCGUCCGGCAUCAAACACACCGAGCUUAAAAAGAUGGUGGACAUGUUACAGGACUCAUUUCCAGCUCGAUUUAAGGCAGUGCACGUGAUCCAUCAGCCCUGGUACUUCACAACCACAUAUAAUGUAGUGAAGCCUUUCAUGAAGAGCAAACUGCUGGAGAGGGUUUUUGUACAUGGAGACGAGCUUGACGGCUACCUCAAAGACUUUGGUGCUGAAAUCCUCCCCUCAGAUUUUGAUGGGACGGGUCCCAACUGUGAUGGAAAGGAGACGGCCAUCAAACUUUUUGGAUCUGAAGACACAGCUCUUUAAGUCAUCAGCCACAGACAUUAGUCUUGUAUCUUUUUCUGUUUUUAUGUAUUAGAAUGUUUUAUAGAGACUAAAGAGAAAAUAUAGAUGUAUUGUUGUUAUACUGUGGAUAAAAAUAAACUAUACAAAUGGGACAGUUCAUCCAAAAAUAACUAUUCUGUCAUAAUUUACACACAUGUCAUUCCAAAUUUCUUUCUUCUGCAGAACACAAAAGAAUAUAUUUUGAACAAUGUUGAUAACCAAACAACAGUGAACCACAUUGACUUCCACUGUAUGAAUGCCAAAAAAAACUGCACAAUUUGUUAAACAAGAAAAUAAUUUAUUUUAUUUCUUUUUUGGACACAAUAACCAUUCUCAAUUAUAAAUUAUUCAAUCACACACCGUUGCGUUUCCAAAAUAAAAACACACCAGUGAUUCCGAUCUCAUGUUGAAUGUUAUUUGCUUUGCGGGGAAGACGACAUCCAAAAACCACCCAUCAAACACAAUAAACUGAUGAGAAAGUGGGUCAGAAUUGCAGGAACGGAUUUAGUGAUCUUUGUGAAAUAAUCCCUUACAACUGAGAUUAAGUGGGCAGUGUCAUUGAGGUUGUGAAUAUUCCACUUUAUAUCCUGCGAAAACGCAAUUUACAUCUUUAACACAGCCAGAAAAAAACGAAUAUUAACGUUGAUGCUAUUGCUCGGGGCAUUUUUUCUCAAAUCUCUUUUGUGACCGCAGCGUGAAUAUAUUUUCUCUACACUCCAUUUGACACAAUGUUUUUGAGCUUAUCAACUCAUCUUGGCUUGGAGAAAAAGAGAAAAAAACAUUAUUGCUGAUCACCAAACAAAUGAACGUUCCCUGGUUUCCAUAAACGGGAAGCAAAUCAUUUCUAAACAUCAAAUGAACAUAUUUAACUUGCAUGUGCUCUUAGUUUCGUUCGUUCAUAAGUGGUGAUAUGAAGCAAAAAUUCGACCGACACACAUUUACAUACAUACAUCUGUACACAACAAAAUAAAAAUAACCACAGAGAAAUAAAUGCAACAUACAAAAA